UGAUCCAUGGACCAUUCUAUUUUCCCACGGCUUCGCCUCGGAAAAAUAGAAUAGUCCAUGGAUCACCUCGGGAGGCUAGUUUUACUACACCACUCGAAGCAUUCAAUAUUUGUUAUAAUAUCUAAUCUCUGAGCAGUGCCCAUUUUAUUAUCACAUUGAACUACACUGAGUUCAACCACUGCCUCAGAUCAGACCUGAAAACUCCUGGGGCAUAUACGUGUUUUUCAGGUUUUGUGUGUAUACUCUCGAAUGCACACUGUACCUAUUGUGCUGGCUGGGUAGAUAGUUCAGCACUGAUGCGCUUGAGCAUUUCUGAGGCUAUCGGCUAGGCAUGCCAGACUGAAGUUUCCAAACAAACUUGAGAGGUUGUCACCAUGUCAACAAGCUCAGUUGCAUCAUGGGUAACGGCAGAGGUGGACUCCAACGAGAAUAUCGAAUGUUGUGGAUAUAAGAAGAACCCACUAAAGACUGCUGUCUGCUACGUCGUUGCUGUAUUCUCCUUGGGAUUUCUCUUCCUCGUCUUCUACUGGAAAGAAGACUGGCGGCUCAAGUGCAUGUGUGCACCUUGUCAUCUGAAAGAGGCAGAUUUUGUCCUCAUCAAGGACAUUUACCGGCGAUAUCAUGUUUGUGACAUUCGACGUAACCUCAUCAAAGAUAACGAUGGCUGCAGUCGUGAAACGCUUCGCACCAUUCUUAAGAAGGAUGUCGUUGAUGCAGACGGAAAUCUAAGAUUUUUCAAAUUUCAAAAGAUUUUCUUUAUCUUGGAUCUUGCUCAGCAUGAGAUAUUUCGUCUCAGGGGACUUGAGAGUAACACGCCAUGCAAUGCUUUCUUGGAACAAUAUGCUAAUGGAUUGUCAGAAUCUCAAUCCGAACAAAGACAAGUGAUUUAUGGCAAGAAUGACAUCUAUGUUCGAGUGCGUUCCAUCCCAGUAUUACUUGUUCAAGAGGUGUUGAAUCCGUUCUACAUCUUUCAAAUCUUCAGCGUCUCUGUCUGGUUUGCUGAUGAGUAUAUCUACUAUUCAGCAUGUAUUCUCAUCAUGUCGGCUAUAUCUAUUGCUAUAUCUCUGUAUACGACUAGAAAGCAAAAUUUGACACUACGCAGCAUGGUGCAGUCAGACACUGUGGUUAAAGUCUUGCGUCCUAACAAGGCCAUUGAGGUAUCUGAGAAGGUCUUAGUUCCUGGGGAUGUCAUCAUUAUUCCUCAUCAUGGCUGCAUGAUGACAUGUGAUGCUGUCCUCAUCAGUGGAAACUGCAUCGUCAAUGAGAGCUCACUCACAGGGGAGAGUGUACCAGUGACAAAGACCCCCCUCCCACAUCAAGGCGACUGCAUGACUGAGUACUGUCCCAUUGAACACAAACGCCACAGCCUAUUCUGUGGUACAAAGGUGAUACAGACCAGACAAGGGGACACGGAUGAAGUCAGAGCGGUGGUUGUACAGACAGGUUAUUCCACAGCGAAAGGUUCUCUAGUUCAGGCUAUCAUGUACCCUAAACCCAUGGAGUUCAGACUGUAUCGAGACGCCCUACGCUUCGUUGGUCUGCUGGCUGUUAUAGCAUUCGUUGGACUUGUUUACGCCAUAAUCGUGAUGUUUCUAAAAGGAGCGACAGUUUCACGGAUCAUUAUCCGAGCCUUAGACACUAUCACCAUUGCCGUACCCCCGGCCCUACCGGCAGCCCUGACGAUUGGUAUGGUCUACGCUCAGAUACGACUCAAAGCACAGCAGAUAUUCUGCAUCAGUCCGCAGAGAAUCAACCUGAGUGGAACCAUUGAUAUAUUCUGCUUUGAUAAGACUGGUACUCUGACAGAAGAGGGCCUGGAUUUACUGGGAGUCCAAACGGCUGAGAAUGGAAGAUUUCUUCCAAUGACUACAUCAGUGUCCAGCCUUCCUAUUGGUCCAUUCACGUCUACCAUGGCAACAUGCCACUCAUUGGCUGUCGUCAACGACGAGUUGUCAGGUGACCCCAUCGACCUGAAGAUGUUCCAGGCCACAGAAUGGACCUUCAAGGAACCGGACAGAACUUCAGGAGAAAAGUUCAUCAAAGUAGAGCCGCCUAAGGACGUAAUACAGAUGGAUGAUUCGUACAAAGAAAAGGGUGAUUACGGUAUCUCCCUGUUACAUCUGUUUCCGUUUUCCUCUGCCCUGCAACGGAUGAGUGUCAUUGCACAGACCGAGGGCGAUGAUCGCGUGGUUGCCUAUGUCAAGGGCUCACCAGAGAUUAUCUCGUCGUUAUCAAAACCAGAAACGGUUCCUGAUAAUUUUCAGCAGGUACUCAGUAACUACACCCAAGAUGGCCUCCGAGUCUUAGCUUUGGCCUGGAAACCUAUCCAAUCUGAAGAAACUCUGGAUAAUCUUAAGAAUAUGCAAAGGAAGAAUGUGGAGGAGGAGUUGGAAUUCUUGGGUCUGAUGAUCUUGGAGAAUAAACUGAAGCCAGAGACCAGACCUGUCAUUGAAGAGUUGAAUCGAGCCAACAUACGAACAAUCAUGAUCACAGGCGAUAAUUUACUAACUGCUAUCAACGUCGCCUGUAAGUCGGGCAUGUGCGGUCCGGACGAUACGGUCAUCCAUAUCCAAGCUGAAACGCCUGAAUGCUGCGACGAUUCAACACCGAUACUGACUUACAAGGCAGUUGACAAAGAUCAUACCCCCACUGGCGAUCAAAUCAAGACCAAGAAUCAUUUCAGAAACAACGAAAAAGAGGCUCUGGAAAUGAAGACAAUCAAAGAUGAAGUCAGUCCGAUGCUAGCAGCCUGCAGGACCCACUAUGCUAUAGAUGGAGCUACCUAUGAUGCCAUCCAGCAACAUCAUCAAGAUCAACUGCAAAACGUCAUCGUCAAGGGAACGAUCUUUGCUCGCUUCUCGCCCAAUCAGAAGAUGUCUUUGGUAGAGGAGUUGCAGCAUCUGGAUUACUUCGUUGGGAUGUGUGGAGACGGAGCUAAUGAUUGCGGAGCGCUCAAGACCGCUCAUGCUGGUAUCUCGCUGUCGGAGGCUGAGGCAUCCGUUGCCUCACCGUUCACGUCUAAGAUCCCAAACAUCUCAUGUGUGCCACUUCUUAUUAGGAAUGGGAGGGCAGCACUAGCGACGUCGUUUGCCUUGUUCCAAUAUCUCGCUGUCUACGCCAUGACCAUGUUUGUUACUGUCACCAUUCUCUACUCAAUUACAUCCACACUGAGCGAUCAACAGUUCGCUUACAUAGACUUGGCAUUGUGCACUUUAACUAUACUAUUGGUGAGUCGUGGUGAAGCGUAUGAGAAGAUCUCCGUCAAGCGACCGUUUACGAGACUCAUGACAUCACCGGUAAUCUUCUCCCUGGUGUCCCAGAUCAUUGUUGUCAUCUUGAUCCAGACAGCCACGUUCUUGGUGCUCCAAGCAAUGCCAUGGUAUGUUCCCCUGGUCCCCGUCCCAGAUGGAAGGAACAGAAAAUGUCAGGAGACGACGUCUCUAUUCCUAAUCUCCUGCUUUCAGUAUAUCAUAAUGGCAGUGGUGUACACUCCUAAACCACCGUUCCGUCGACCGAUCUACAAACUACGUUUGUAUUCAGCAUACUUGAUUAUCACGUUUGUUGGUACAACGUUGCUGCUCUAUGUGCCAACAGCGCAUACUGUGAGAGUCAUGGAGAUGGUAGUUCUGCCGGAUUACGUCUUUAAGACGUGCAUCCUUGCUCUUGCUUUUCUCAACUUUGCCUUCUCUUGCGUCAUUGAGUACAUCCUAGUGCCCAGUCCUGCCUUUAUUCGUUUCGUGUCCUGCGCCGCCUGGCGGAAAUCUAGACCACCCAAGUACACACUGCUAGAGAUGGACUACCACUGCCACGGAGACCAAGUCUGAGGGGUGAGAAUGACCAGGGGUCACCUCUAGAGGGAGCUGGUCAUUUACUAGGGUUACCAUGCAGAUAUUAUUGUCCUGUACGCAAUCAGCAAUUAUUCAAUAUGAUGUCUACAAUCCUGGCCAAAUCUCGCUGGGCGCCCAACCCCCGGCCCCCGUUCAAUGUUGUCUCUCAUUGCGCGGUGUGUGCUCCAUCAGCUGGAGAGAACAACAUUGACCGGGGGAACAGGGGAGUGGGUGACCGUGGCAGGCUCAGGAAGGUCCCAACCAUUUUGGCCGGGAUUGUAGAUACUGGACUCAUAAUCAUACCAAAAUCAGCAUUUGCCCUUGGAUUUGUAUAAUCCUUGGACCCGAAAUGGGACGAUUGAACAUGAUGCAGUUUGUUAUAUCGGUGUACAUAUUAUUUUUGCUCCUUUAUACUUCAGAAAGUAGGUUCAAAAUCAUUGAAAUGUGUCAGAGUAAUUAAUGUAAAGUACAGUGAAAUAUCGAUAAGUCGAACUCUGACAACUCAAAACAACUGUUAAAUCAAACAAAAAAUCCAUUGCCUUCAGUAGUAUAACAAUGAUAUCACCCUGCUUGAUUAACUCGAAACUCUGCUUAAAUCAAAUUUUGAACCUGUUCCCUUGAGGUUUGACUUAUCAAGAUUUCACUGUAGUUUUAAAUAUAAGAACUGAGUACAUCUGGGUAUUUUGUUGAGGUAUGAUAUAUUCAGCAUUUAUGCACAUUAGCGCUGAUCUCCAGAACAGAUUGGACAUUUCUGGCACUGCCGUCUUAAUGCACAUAGCAGGCAGUAUUUGAAAGUAGUAACUGCGCCAUUUUUUCCGAAAAGUUUAUUGUUUUCUUAGUAGCAAUUAAAUUUUCCAUGUUAUGUUUGGUUUCUAGUCACCAAAAUGGAGAGCAGCUGAUCGCUCAGAAGCUUUACAGAUAAUGUUGAUUUCAAUUUUGAAUCAAUCUAUGAUGAGUUUUUUUUGUUAAGGUCUUGACAUAAAGAAAAUUGUCGAUUUUUGCAACCUGACGCAGCUUUUCAUCAGUUGUGUACAAAGUCUAUGGAGAGUCAAGACAAUUAUUUCCUAACAAAAUUGGAAAUGUUUCUCAGUCCCAGAUUCAUGUGUUAUUAUCAUUUUUGCAAUGACUGACCCUCAUUGAGAUGAUAUAUAAAGAAAAAAGUGGCGUUAGGUUGCAACAUUUUUUCCAGCAUAUUUUUGAAAACCUGGCAUCUCAGUUUUGGCACCUAGAUGUUAAGUUUAAGAAAAUAAAAGUUGAAGAGAAAUAUCAGUGAACAUAAAUUAUGCUGAAAUCAGGUAACUAUUGGUCAUUUGCCAAAGUAAAUAGAAAAACAAACCAGUUGCACAGAUUGAAUGUAAAUAUCGAAAACAAAGCUUUAGAAUUAAUAGCAUUUCAGUAUACCUUUUUAAGGAUUGUGUAAUGUAUCCUUCUAUUGUAUGUAAAAUGAAAGUGGAAGAAAUCACAAUUUUUAUAACAGCAUUUUUAUGAAAGUACAUGUAUAACCAUCUUUUAAAGCUUUUGUAACAACUGUAACAACUGAUAAUGUAGUAACCAACGGAUAACGUAUCACCAACCGAUAAUGUAUCACAAAUUGACCGAUGUUGUACCACUAACCGA